AUGAUUUUAAAAAGUAAANAACCAGGCAAUACAAGUGAAGGCCCUGGUAGUGGCUGUGUAGAACCAGGCAAUACAAGUGAAGGCCCUGGUAGUGGCUGUGUAGAACCAGGCAAUACAAGUGAAGGCCCUGGUAGUGGCUGUGUAGAACCAGGCAAUACAAGUGAAGGCCCUGGUAGUGGCUGUGUAGAACCAGGCAAUACAAGUGAAGGCCCUGGUAGUGGCUGUGUAGAACCAGGCAAUACAAGUGAAGGCCCUGGUAGUGGCUGUGUAGAACCAGGCAAUACAAGUGAAGGCCCUGGUAGUGGCUGUGUAGAACCAGGCAAUACAAGUGAAGGCCCUGGUAGUGGCUGUGUAGAACCAGGCAAUACAAGUGAAGGCCCUGGUAGUGGCUGUGUAGAACCAGGCAAUACAAGUGAAGGCCCUGGUAGUGGCUGUGUAGAACCAGGCAAUACAAGUGAAGGCCCUGGUAGUGGCUGUGUAGAACCAGGCAAUACAAGUGAAGGCCCUGGUAGUGGCUGUGUAGAACCAGGCAAUACAAGUGAAGGCCCUGGUAGUGGCUGUGUAGAACCAGGCAAUACAAGUGAAGGCCCUGGUAGUGGCUGUGUAGAAGUGAGCGGUGUAAGUGAAAACAAAAGCAGAAUUGCGAAAAACGCAUCUUUUGAAAAUGAUAAACUAGUUGACGCUUAUUCCUAUAUUGGCAACAAAGAAAUACUCCUAAAUGAGAAUCGAAUGGUUAGCUGCAAUAACUCACCAGUUCGAAGUAGCCCUGUGGAUUUAAAAUUAAAAACGACGCCUGAGAAUUAUAUCGAAAAGCCGUGUAAACGACGGCGGCUGAGUGAUGUUCAUGACGAAGCUGUCUCAAGUACAUCGCUAUCAAAACCUA